AUGGGAUCGGACUUGCUACGGUCGCCGACUAGUCAAGACAUCAGCACGGAGAAAGCCACGCGGUCUUCCUCAUCACCGCCACUCCCCGUGGUGACCCCCGCUGCUGCUGCUGCUUCUACCGCCGCCGCUCAAGUGAACCCUGAAGAUGACUGGGCUGGUCUCUGCGACCGCCAGGAACGUCGACGACGACAGAACCGGCUGAACCAGCGAGCAUACCGGAAGCGAAAACAAGCCGAACGCAACAGCAACAUCAACAAUGCCCUGGUCACACGGUCAUCUUCCUCACACCCACCACCAGCAUUAGGCCCCAACACCAAACAUGAGCAAACCAGCCCACCAUCAUCAUCAUCAUCAUCAUCAUCAUCAACAACAACAUCCUCCUCCCCCUCCUCCCAAACCCUCAUCACCCGCCGCACCCUAACCAGCGAAGUCUCCAAACCGGAAAACAUCCGGCGAAUAUUCGAGCACUUCGCACGGGUCGCCUACGAGAGCUACUUCCGCGGCUCCCCAUCCGCGGACCACCUCCUGACGCUCAGCAAACUAAACGUCUUCCGCGCCUUCAUGACCAACAUGACAGUUCUCGGCUUCGGUAAUUCCACCACCUGGUGUGACGACGACGACGCCCUCUCCCUGUUCAACACCCUCCCGCCCGAGGCAAUCCAGGAAAAGCGACUGCCGGUGAGUCUCCGUCCGACGAAGAUCCAAAUGCAGGUGCCGCAUCACCCGUGGUUGGAUUUCUUCCCGUUGCCGCGCCUCCGGGAUAAUUUGUGCCUCAUGAUUGAUCGGUUCGAUGAUGAUGAGCUUUGUCAUGAUGUUAUGGGGUUCUGGGAUAAUGCGUCCGAUACGUGUAGUUUGUUGGUGUGGGGGGAGCCGUCGGAUCCGGCGAAUUGGGAGGUCACGGAGCAGUUUUUGAGAAAGUGGCCGUGGGUGUUGAGGGGGUGUCCUGAGUUGUUGAAGAGUACGAAUCGGUGGAGGCAGAAGAGGGGGGAGAAGAUGAUUAUUAGGUAUUUGUAG